GCGCAGCAAUGCGCACGCGCAGGCAUGGGCGACGACAUUUCCUUCCCGGUCACUGGCGGCGGCGCGAUUCGAGCGCUUCAGUCCCGCUGCUGUUUGAAGUUUCCGCCGGGGAGGCUUGCUGGGGCCGGAGCCCGGGGGCUUGGCGGCAGCAGGAGGGUCUCCCUGGGUAGCUCCGGCGGCUCUGAGUCCCCGCGCCUGAGGGCUCCCCCUGGCUGGCCGCCGCCAUGUCGGCGGGGUUCUCCUUCGGAGCAGGGACUCUGGCUUCGGCCACGGCGGCUGCCGCUGGAACCGGAGGGGGCGGCGGCGGAGGGGGCUUCUCGUUCGGAGCCACCCCCAGCUCAACAGGAGGGCUUGCCUUUGGGGCAUUGGGUUCAACAGCUACCACAAGUACAGCUCCUUCUGUAGGCUUUGGAACCAGCUUAUUUAGCUCAAAACCUACCACUGGUUUUACAUUAGGAGGGACUAAUACAGGAACAGCAACAACCAUUGCUACAGGAUUAGCACUAGGCACGCCUGCUACUACUUCUGCCCCUACCACUGGCUUUAGUUUAGCAUUCAACAAGCCUGCAGGAUCAGCCACACCAUUUGCUUUGCCUAUCACUUCUACCUCCACUGGCCUCUCUCUUUCUUCUGCCCUCACGUCAACUCCUGCAGCAGGGUCUUCUGGCUUUACAUUAAACUUGGGAGGCACAGCUGCCCCAACCACAUCUGUAUCCACGGGCCUUUCUUUGGGAGGAGCCUUGGCUGGUUUGGGAGGGACGCUUUUCCAGAAUGCAAGCACAGCUGCAACAGGACUUGGACAGAAUGCUUUGGGUUUAACCCUAGGGACAUCUGCAGCGCCUGUUACUACAGUUAAUGAAGGUCUUGGUGGCAUAGACUUCAGUAGCUCUUCAGAUAAAAAGAGUGAUAAAACAGGAACAAGACCAGAGGAUAGUAAAGCACUAAAAGAUGAAAAUCUACCUCCAGUAAUCUGCCAAGAUGUAGAAAAUCUCCAGAAGUUUGUAAAAGAACAAAAACAGGUUCAGGAGGAAAUUAGUCGAAUGUCUUCCAAAGCAAUGCUUAAAGUACAGGAGGAUAUUAAAGCUUUGAAACAGCUUUUAUCAGUGGCUGCCAGUGGAUUACAGAGAAAUACUCUUAAUAUUGACAAACUGAAAGUGGAAACUGCUCAGGAGCUUAAAAAUGCUGAAAUAGCAUUAAGAACACAGAAAACGCCUCCUGGCCUUCAACACGAAAAUACAGCCCCAGCAGACUACUUCAGGAUCUUGGUUGAACAGUUUGAAGUACAACUGCAACAGUACAGGCAACAGAUUGAAGAACUGGAAAAUCAUCUUGCCACCCAGGCAAACAAUUCACAUAUAACUCCACAAGAUUUAUCUAUGGCUAUGCAGAAAAUCUAUCAGACAUUUGUAGCUCUUGCUGCACAACUGCAAUCAAUACAUGAAAAUGUGAAGAUGCUCAAAGACCAAUAUCUUGGUUACAGAAAAACCUUUCUGGGUGAUGCUGUGGAUGUAUUUGAGGCCAGGCGAGCAGAAGCGAAGAAAUGGCAGACUGCUCCACGUGUUACAACUGGACCAACUCCUUUCAGCAACAUACCAAAUGCAGCAGCCGUUGCCAUGGCUGCAACACUUACACAGCAGCAACAGCCUGCUACAGGGCCACAACCAUCUCUGGGAGUUAGUUUUGGAACGCCAUUCGGUUCAGGUAUUGGCACUGGCUUGCAAUCAAGUGGCUUAGGCUCUUCAAGCCUUGGAGGGUUUGGAAGUAGCACUGGUUUUGGAAGCACUGCUACAGGUGCCUCAUCAUUUGGAUUUGGAACUACAAAUAAGCCUUCAGGAAGCCUUAGUGCAGGCUUUGGCAGUUCGAGCACAUCUGGGUUUAACUUCAGCAAUCCUGGCAUCACAGCAUCUGCUGGCCUGACAUUUGGGGUGUCAAAUCCAGCCUCCGCGGGCUUUGGCACCGGUGGACAACUUCUCCAGCUGAAGAAACCUCCCGCUGGAAACAAGAGGGGGAAAAGAUAAAUGUGAAAGGGGUGGGGGGGAGAGAGAGAGAGAGAAGGGACAAUGUAUUCACUUAGUUCAUCCUGGAAAAAAAAUAUUUUUUUAAGCUGAUACAGUAGGUGCUCUUGUCUUGGAGAUUUAUAACAUUUUGCUACUUCUCCCUGUUCUGGAUUAUAAAAUGUAAUUGUAACAAAACAGCUAUUUUCUUGUGAAUUGAAGCUCACUUAAUAAUUUUGUUUUUGUUUUUGUUUUGAAUAUAUACAUAAUUAAGAAAUCUUGUAAAACCAUCUAUUUAACCUGGUAUUAGUAGCAGAAUAUUUUUGUCAAUAAGCUUUAAACCAUAUAGAUAUAUGCAUAUUUGGUUUCUUUGUACAGAUAAAAUAUAUUCUAGUACAAAUGCUUGAGUCCAUAUCUUCUGUUUCCUGAUAUGGCAUUUUAAAAACAUCAGGGUGGUUUUGUGUAUAUGUAUGUAAAUAUAUACAGUACAAAUGCACAUUUGUGUAUGUAUAUGAGUACAUAUAAUGCAUUUCAAACCUUGUCUCAUAAGACAAUGUUUCCAAGUUUUUGUUUGGUUGUUUUUUCCUCCCCUACAUAGUAUCAGCAUAUCAAAGACCACUUGUAACAUUUACUAAUGUAUGUAUUUUCAGGCCCGAAGACUGGGCUGUUCUGUCUUGUCGCUCCCAUUUCUGUUUCGUUUCCAUUUAGUGCUUGGAACUGAUUGUUCACAGUAAAAAAAUUUCAGACCUGUUCUGAACAGAAGCAGUGUGGCUUUAGCUUGCUGGGCUUCAGAAGGAAUCUGUGAAUUUUGAGAGGUGGUGACUGAUUCAUACAUUCUAACAUGGCCCCAAUUCACAUAAGUAGCUCAUGAGAACAGGCUACUCAUUUGAUCCGUGUAAAGUGAAAAAAGAGUACUUGGGGAUGGCACCGCAGAAACUUGCAGGGGUGUCUGCUCAUGACAAUGGUCACAGCUUCUUCCUUGAGCACUCUUCUCCCACACAGAGUUGCUCACAUGAGCAGUCCAUGUGCGUGAGAUGUAUUGCACUAGCUGGGGCCAUUUCGGAGGCGAUGGAUCCACUCUGCUUAUGGCUUUCAUUUCCAACAAGGAGGAGAUAGACUGCUACUUUGAACCUGAUCGGGCCAUUCUGAAUGAGUUGAGAGCAUCUCCUUUCUGGAAUUGAUUUUUAGCUGUCCUUAGUAGACAACAGGCCUAGUAAGUAGCUACAUAGGACAGAUCAAAGCUAUAUACUGGGAGUAAAUGAUGUCCUACAAUUACAAUAGUGCCAGUCUCCCAUUAGAGUUUGAAUUACAGUGUCAUUGCAUGUGAGCUCAGUGGAUGUUGCAGUGAAACAGAAGCAACAGGAACAUUUUUCUUGCCUUAAAUGAAAGACUCUGGUUGUAGUCCUCGAACUGUGUUGCCAGUGCAGACCCCAUUCACUUCAGCAGGAGUUGUACCAGGCCAUCUCUUUGAGGGUUGUCAUUCAGCCUGUCUGCAGCACCUAUGUGUAUGGAUUUCCAGUGAGAUCUGUUUUAACAUAGAAAAUAUUUUGUAUAUAUAAUUCAAGCAAAUAUUCUCAGUUCUCAUAGAUGUCCUUCAAAAAAGAAAACCCACAGGUUGUGCACGUACAUAUUUUCAGGCUUUUAAGUUGGCAGCUUUCAGUUGUUGAGUACAGUUUUUGUAUGUUUUCAUACAGUAACGGGUAGUCUGGCAAAUGUGUUAAGUUUGGGAUGUGAUGAGUUCAGAAGUAAGGCAAAUAGCUUACUUAGCACAGGGCUUUUCACCUUUUUGUACACUCUUCUUAGCAGCAUCUGAAGUAUGACCAUUUCUUUUGGGGAGGAGAAAGCUUUUAAAGAUGGAAAGUGUAAUACUUCAGAUAAUAAUUUUAUUUUAAAUUUCUAUUGGGCUUCAGUUAAAAAAAAAAGCAAACCUGAUAUAUGUAUGUUGCUGCUUUUUAAAAGAUUAAAAAUGUUGAACCACUGAAUUUCCUUGUAUAUAAUUUGUAAGCCUGAUUUUUUAACUGUUAGUCUUUGUCCCCACAUGUGCAGUUUUUGUUCUACAAAUAAUAAAAUCGACUGAAGCGAG